UCUUCCUUUGCUUGGUAUUGUUGGUUCAUUGAAAAUUGAUUUUCUUUUGUGAACGGCAACGGACUAAUUUUUCAUCGUGUAAACUUAUAUUCCUCGAAUUGAAUUGUUUCAUUAAAAGUGUACAAAAUAUAAAAUAAAAGAAAAAUGCCCAGAUCAUACGAUAGAAAUGAAUAUAAUGAUGAAACAGAAUACAAAAGAAAACAUCGCGAAGAAGAGGGUAGCAGCAGCCAUCAUCAGCAAUCGGAUGCAAUUCCUCUAAACGAAAAGACUAAUGAAUAUUUGCAGGACUGUCUAUCAGAGAAGAAAUCUGUGGAUAAGAAAUAUCCAAUUUGCAAGAAACUUUUAGAUACAGAAAUUGAAAAGGUGCUCGUCAGCUCAAGAAUACCUCGGGCAGAAACUUUCGCUAAUGUCUAUAGCGAAAAACCUAUUCGCAUUUCACAGAAGGUUAUCUUUCCCAUUCGGGACUAUCCAAAGUUCAACUUUGUGGGUAAAAUCCUGGGGCCGAAAGGUAACACCCUGCGCCAACUUCAAGAACACACACAAUGCAAAAUGAUAAUUUUGGGAAGAAACUCGAUGCGUGACCAUGAUAAGGAAGAAGAACUUCGUUCGUCUGGGGAUCCUAAAUACAAUCACUUAAGCAGGGAUCUGCAUGUGGAGAUAUCAACGGUGGCACCGCCUUCCGAAGCGUAUGCACGAUUGGCAUAUGCUUUGGCGGAGAUAAGGAAAUUCCUAGUUCCCGAUAGUAACGAUGAAAUACGCCAAGAACAAAUGCGUGUCAUGGAUAUUGGCAAAGAGAAGCCCUACAAGCAUCCGGUUUCUAGGUCUUAUGGAGCACCCUAUCACGGUGGCAGCAGGAGCCCUCCCCCACCCCCAUCAUUCGAUAAAGCAUCUAAACCAAAAGUUUACAGCAUUUUGGAGAAAGCACGUUAUGCUAUGGAUGAUCCGUAUCCAGUCAGCAAAUCCAGACCACGCGAACACGACCCUUAUGACCAUGAUGAUUAUGGUAGGUACUCUCCUCCACCAAAGCAUUCCUCGUCCCACGGACACUAUGAAGGUUCUUCCUACGAAAGGGGAGAAUACAGACGUGAACAUCCUUCAUCGUACUCUCACAGUGGAUAUCCAAAAACAAGCAAUGGUCGUUCAUCAGCAUAUCGACCAACAAGUUCAAAUCACUAUGAAUCUGGAUCACGUUCCCGUGAAAAUGUACGUUACAGAACUGCGCCAUACCCUCGAGUUCGCUAACAAUUAAAUUCAAAAGAGAAACAAAACAAAAAAGUUAAAUAAUAAACAAAUUUAAUAAAAAAUAAGAUUAUGACACAAACAAAACAAAAAUAAAUUCAAACAAAUUUUGAUUAAAAAAUUGAAAAAAAAAAAAUCAAUCCGUAUUAAAAUACAUACAUCUUCCCAUGUUUCAUUGCUUUAAUAGAAACAAAUCUUAUUACUGGUAAACAAAUAAUUCGACGAAGGUUUUAUUAAUUACUUAAAUUGAAUCAACAAAAAUAAAAAAUUAAAAAUGACAUAAAUUUAAUUCCAUCAAAUUUAAACCCUCAAAAUAGAAAAUUAAUUGAGAUCAAUUUAAAAUUAAUUUAGAAAACCUAUUUACGUUAAUAUCCUUUUGUAUCUAAGGGAUCUUCAUUAUCUAAUCAUACAUGUUAAUCGAAUUAAAAAUAUCAACUUAUAAUUUUGACUAUAGAACAAGGAGUUUAAUUCGGGCAGAAAUAUACUAAACAAAUGUAAAAUAUUUUCUUUUAAAAACACACACAAUACACAAAAAUAAAAAAAAUAUUGUACUAGAACAAGAAAAGAGAAAUUAUGUAAGUAUAUAAAUUAAAAGACAACAAAUUUGCAAUAGUUAUACAACAGUCAACAUUUUUUAAAUAUGACGUUCAUCUCGUAUAAAAUACAUAUAUAUUUAUAAUUUAUAACAAAAACCUACUACAGUGUGGAUUCUAAUUUCCCCCCUGAUUAAAAAUGUCCAUUCGAGAGUUUAAAACAAAGCUAAACAAAAACCAACUACCUAUAAUCUUAUUUGUAUUGUAGAGAAAUAAAAGAUACAAAAUCAAGUAUGAUAUUUAUAUUUAGAAAUAUAUAAGCAACAGUAUAACAAAAUUUAACUACCUAUCUAUAUAAUUAUGUACACGUACAUUAAUUUAAAAAAAAAAGCAAAAAUUAAAUAAAUCAAUAUUAACUGGAAUGGAAAAAAGUGACUGUGUUUUUUAUUAGAAAUUAGACUUAUUUGUUUGCAGGUACAUACAAUAUUGUUAUAUUUAAUGAUAAACUUAAUAAGCAUUUAUAUGUAAAUGGCAAUUUUCAAACUUCCAGAAGAUUUAAUUGAAAGUGCAAUUUUAAAAGUCGUACAAAUAUAUUAUGAAGUUUACGAUUUUAAUUUCUCAAUAAGCAAAUAAGGAAAACAAAAUAAAUGAUACUCAAACAACAGAUGGCGCUUGAAUAAUAUUGAUUAGCAAAGUAAAACAAAAAAAAUGUUAUAAUUUAAUAAUU